UCAGAUCCGACAAGACCUCGGCGACCUUCAUAAGGGAUUAUAGGUAACUAUUUGUAUUCCCCGCCCUCCUUUAAUUUGUAUCGACAUCCGCCAGUAUUUGUCUGGAUGAUGGAUGUUCCACAUCCCCAGCUGCGUGGUACGUACCACCGGCAGCUUCCACACCUACCAAGUCACAUGACCUACACCCCAUCGGCCUGCCGAAGUCACCCCCCCCCACGGCUGCCGGCCGAGACUGCGGGAGACCGAGCUGGUUUCGGCAGAAUCACAGCCACAGAUCGCGGAAUAAAAGAGACACCAUGACAUCUCCUCCACAGCCUUUGUUGCCAUUGUCACCCAUUCCCCUCUCUAUUUCUCGCAGAGGCAAAAAAUUCAAAAUAAAUAAUCCAAUUACUAUUUUGCAGGUCAUCGCGCAAACCCUUGGAAAACAAUGGCAUCCAUUCGAGCCAAUUGCCGGAAGGUGAUGUGCAUCGGCCGAAACUAUGCAGACCACAUAACUGAGCUCAACAACGUCCGCCCAAAGCAACCAUUCUUCUUCCUCAAGCCACCCUCGUCCAUCCUCCUCCCAAACUCCGGCCCCGUUUUGCGUCCCAAGGGCGUGAGCCUUCAUUAUGAAGUCGAGCUCGCAUUGGUUAUAGGCAAAACACUCCGUGACCAUGACCCGGCAGACGAGCAGGGCGCUUUAGACGCCAUAUCAGCCUACGCCCUCGCCAUCGACCUCACAGCCCGCAACAUCCAAGACGCCUCCAAAAAGGCCGGUCUCCCUUGGUCCAUCGCAAAGGGCUUCGACACCUUCCUCCCCGUCUCCGCCCUAAUCCCCAAAUCCCGCAUCCCAGACCCGCACAACGCUACCCUCCACCUCUCCGUCGACGGCGAGCUGCGCCAGCGUGAUAACACGAACUUGAUGCUCUAUCGCAUCCCCCGCCAGCUGGCGGAUAUCUCGCGCGUCAUGACCCUGGAGCCGGGUGAUUUGGUGCUGACGGGCACACCCAAGGGGGUAGGCGAGGUGAGGGAUGGGCAGGUUAUGACGGCGGGGAUUGAGGUAGGGGGGAAGGAGGUUGGGGAGGGGAGGAUUGAGGUUGUGGUUAAGGAUAGGGUGGAUGGGAGGUUUGAGUUUGGAGGGUUUUGAUUUUUAGGGGGGUUGAUGGUAUAUGUUCGGAAGUAAGCUUCUUUUUUCCGACAAUUUUUUUCAUCGAUGUUUAGAUUUUAUGUCUUCUUUGUAUUGGGGUUUUGUGUUUUAUAGAAAUGGCUAUCAUUGCGAGAUAGAUACUGGUACGUACUGUACAUACACCCUCAUGAGAACAGUUUGCUAUUACCCACCCCUUUCCCCCCCGUCACUCAUCUCUCCAAUUUCGCCCUAUCACUCCUCUGCAUGCCAGCUCUUAAAGACGUAUAUUUAUAAAUCAUACCGAAAAUAUCAAGUCAACCCAUUCUGCACAACAAACCACCCUUCUCCCUCCUCGUCAACCGGCCAAAUAACAGGAAUAGCCCUCCUCUUCCUCAUUUUCAUAUUUUUGCUCUUCUUCUCCUCAACAGCCGCAUUCCCACAAACCCCCACGUGCUUUUCACCCCCGGCCUUGUCAAGACAUCUAUCCCUAUCCCUCUUCCUCCUUUUCCCUUUCCCCUCCCCUCUGCCUUCCCCUCUCAGAUCGCCCACGAACCGCCUAACAACCUCCCACCUCUGACCCCACGUCUCCAACUCCUCCCCCAACGCCCGCUUAACCUCCUCUUCAUCCACCCCUCGCCAAAACGCCAGCACAACCCGCUUCGCCUCAAUCCGCGGACUUCGCGAUAGCACCGCCUCCCCACGUUCCAAAUACGACUCGAGAGAUUCACCAGGCCCCUGGCGUAGAAUUGGGACUCCGUUAUCUUGUUCUUCUGCUUCUGCAUUUUCGUACUCCAAUUCACCCGGGGGCUGAGUUACGAGGGAGCAAGCUGCUCGUGGAGGGGAGGUUGGGAACCCCGUGGCGGAGGCGGCGGUGGUGGCGAUGGUUUGACCUGGAUGCAAUGAGGGGGGGGCCGGUGACGUGGAGUCUGGGACGAGGAUGGCGGAGUAGCCGUUGUGUGGCGGUGCUUGUGGUGGUGGCAGGGAGCUGCGGGUUAGCGUUGAGCUGGGGAGGUGAGUCAUUGUGGGCGUGCCGGAGAUUGUGGAAGGGACCUCAUGUUUUGGGCGCUGUUGGCUGGGCAGGAGAUGAGGGAUGGGUGGUAGGGAGGAGGAGCGGAAGGGUUCGUUGUCGUCGCUGAGGUCUGGAUUGGAAUAGGGGACUGCGACGGGUAUGGUGUCUGAGGAUGCAUCUGUUAGUUGAGAUGGAAUGGAUUAAUGGAUGAAAUAUGAAAAGGGGACAGGUGGAAACAAGAAGUGAACUCACUCAAUUCCUUUUCCCUCUCCCUCUCCCUCUCCCUCUCCCUCUCCCUCUCCCUCUCCCUUUCAAUCCAUUCCGCCCUCUCCCUCCUCAUCUCCUCCACAAGCCCUUUCAGCCCCCUCACCCCCUCCAAAACAUCCCUUAACCCCCUCUCAAGCUCCCCUCUCCCCUCUUCCCUCCCCUCCCUUUCCCUUCUCAACUCCUCCUCCUCCCUCUCCCGCCUCUCCACAGCUUCCCUCUGCCUCUCUUCAACAAGUCCCUUCCACCCCUUCAACGUCUCAAUCUCCCCUUUAACAACCCCGAUCUCUUCCUUAACCACACCAACAACACCCCCCACCUCCCCCACCCUCCUGUCAAGCUCUGUCUUUAACUCUCCCGCCCUUGCGACUCCAUCAGCAGAAGAGGAUGCCAGGGCCGCUUCGAGCGCGUCGAGGCGGGAGACGAGGCUGUUGUGUUCGCGUCGGAGCUGGUGUGCCCAGAGGAGGGAGGUGGGAGAGAAAAAGGGGGCCGAUGUUGUGCCUGUGCUGGGAAUAGGGUUUGGAUUGGGGUCCAUUGUCUGGGUAUCUUGCGAUUUUUUUUUGUAGGAUCAUUGAAGAAGGGUGUUCGUGUACUACAUGCAUGUACUGUACACGUGUAGUAUAGAUGCUAGUCGGCGGCGUAUAUUUGGCUGUAACUUGUAUAGCCGCGAAAGAAAACAAGAGAAGGGGAGUAAUGAUAACAAUGAGAAUGGGUAUAUGAGAGAUUUCAAGAAGAGGAGCGCUCAUCGACGGGUGAACAGUCCCCCCGUCCUAAUCAGAGGGGGAAGAGAGGGGCAGGGCAAUAAAUUGACUUGAUCUCAAUGGGAUGUUGGUUGGCUCAGCGUGGCUUUUGUUACUGCCUGUCCAUCUUAUCAUGGGAAGCAAGCCUGAAGAGUCCUAUGGACAGGUCCUCGGUUUUUUUCACCCUGGAUGUUUCUUCACGAGGUAUCCGGAGAUAUAUAUUUAAAGUAUCCAGGACGCUGGGAUACUUCUAUGCGGCUGAAAACGAUGGGCAAGAAGACGGAUGAUGUCAAGUUCUUUCCAUCCCAGUUGCAGCUUCUAUAUCCCCCCUUAUUUUUCCACUCGGAGAAAGAAGAAAAGAAAAAAAUAAAAUAAAAUAAAUCGACGCUUCUCACUGGUGCUCUUGGACAAGUCAUAGGAGAGAAAAGAAACUCGCCUACUUUAAUUGCAUGUGAAAAAAACCUUAAUACAGUACGGAUUAUGUAGCAGGGAGAACUUCGAAGUAAAAGAUACGCGAAAUAGAAGAAAAUGGGAGACAGAUAGCGAGGACGACGUACUAAGAUGGUUUCAAACCAGUCGGUCACGCACGCACGCAUAAUCUUUUUAAGGAAAGGGAGUAGGAAAUAUAAAAUAAAUAGAAAACAGAGCAUUAACUAUAACAUUGAAGGAAGAAAAGAACAAAAAGCGAAAGCAAAUAAUAAUCUUUGAA